CGACAGAGAACUUCUGCUUUCAACAUAUACGUCAUAUUAAUAUGAGCAAUUAUAGCAAUUUACUUUAAAUCCGUACCACUCCUCCUGAUGAAGCAACUGAAACUGCCCUCUCUCUAAAUCAAGAAAUAAACAAUAACUACCGCACCACUACCAAAGAAAAAAGUUAAUGGAUGCAAUGACUCAAAACGUCCAUCCCCUCCAAGCAAUCCAAUCCGCCAUCGGCAGCGCAGGCGCCGAUCCUCGUCCCCUGCAACGAGGAACUCUCUUCAAUAAUGCCAAUGAUGGCCCUGCAGCCAUCAUAUCGAAAGUAGCGGGUGUACAGAGCGGAGGCAUGCGUGAAGAUAACGGUCCUUAUUUCACCAAUAAUGAAGGAAUUCCGUUUCCAGAUCCGGCGCAUAGUAAGACUGUAGGAGGUUUGCCUGUGGCUAGUGAUAUUUUCUUGUUUCAGAAACAGCAGCAUUUUAACCGGAGCAAGAAUCUGGAGAGUGAGUUUUGAUGCAUUGUGGAUGGAUUGAAGUAUGUGCUGAUAUGAAAUAGGAAUGGUUCAUCCUUGUGGUAGUGGAGCUUUUGGUUAUUUUGAGACGACGGCGGAUGUAUCGGAUUUGACAAAGGUAAGCUGCGCUCCUCUAUAUGUUUCUACCAUUUUUGGGUAUAUCAUAUUUAUAUUUUGAAAGGCAAACUUCCUCAGUGGUAAGGGUGUUAAAACUCCAGUUUUCGUACGUUUCUCCACUGUCACCGUUGGACGCGAGUUUCCAGAUCUAGCACGCAACCCACGUGGUUUCGCUAUCAAAUUUUAUACCGGAGAAGGAAACUAUGAUAUUGUCGGACUUAACUUUGUAUGCUCUUCAUCCCAUAUGAAGAAAUCUUUCUAACCCUCCAACAGCCCGUCUUCUUCUGUCGAGACCCAAUCCAAGGUCCAGAUGUCAUUCGUUCACAAAAUCGUAAUCCCAAGAACUUCCUACUUGAUUACAAUUCUCUUUUUGAUCUCCUAGCUCUCACUCCCGAGGCCAAUCAUGCAGGGAUGAUGUUCUUCAGUGAUCAUGGAACACCACAAGGUUGGCGUUUCAACCAUGGUUAUGGCUGUCAUACAUUUAAAUGGGUAAACAAGGAAGGCAAAUUUGUUUACAUCAAAUAUCAUUUCAUUGCCAAACAUGGCCAAAAACAAUUCACGGCAUCAGAAGCCACCACACUUAGUGGAGUGGAUCCUGAUUAUUCUAAGCGUGAUCUUUGGGAUGUAUUGGAAAAAGGAGAAGAAGUCGAAUGGACGGCUAAGGUGCAGAUUAUGCAACCGAAUGAGGCCGAUGCAACCACCCUCGGUUUUGAUCCAUUUGAUGUUACAAAAGUCUGGCCAAGAGAUAAAUUCCCAGUAAGAUUGUCCAAAAUAUUCUGUCUGGCCAUGAGUUGCUAACCAGGAAAUAGAUGCACGAAUUUGGCAAGCUCGUUCUGAACAAGAAUCCCGAAAACUUUCACCGCGAUGUUGAACAAGCCGUAUUCUCUCCAGGAAGUAUGGUACCAGGUAUUGAAGAUAGUCCGGAUCCACUAUUACAAUUCCGAAUGUUUUUUUAUCGCGACGCACAAUACCAUCGAAUUGGUGUGAAUCUACACCAAGUUCCGGUAAACUGUCCAUUUAUGGCCAGUUCAUACAGCUCACUAAAUUUUGAUGGUCCCAUGCGAACUGACGCCAACCAUGCCGGAAAUCCGCAAUAUGUGCCCAACUCUUUCAAGCACAAAUUCCGUCCAGACGUGGCUGAAGCUCCUUAUGCCGUGGCAGAUAAUGUUGUAUCUCGAAAGAGUCAUUUCUACCACGAGGGUAAACUAUCGGAUUAUGAUCAAGCGAGAGAAUUAUACAAGCGAGUAAUGACCGAGACCCAAAGAGACCAUUUGCAUCAAAAUACCGCAAACUUGUUACGUUUUGUUGAUGCAAAAGUUAUUAAGGUGGGCUAUCUUGCUCAGCUUUGGAAUAUCGAUCCUCAAUACGCCAAAGCUAUCUACGAUUUACUUCCAGAAGCAUCAAAGACAGGUUCAGAAGGUUUCGAGUUUGUAGAAGUUCAGAAUAAGGCAAAAGGAGCCGAGUUAGCAGGAAAGGAAGAAAAGUUUAGGCCUAAGGAUGCGUCUGAGAGAUUGGUUGGAUUCAAUCCAGGAAAUAUCUACAAUAUUUGAGGGAACUAUGCGGAAUUGAUGAAUGGGUUCGUGGGCGCAAUCAUUCGAGGAAUAGCUUGUUUUGUCUUUUUGCGAUUUAAGGUGAUAGGAAAUCGGUCUUCAAUCCAGAACAUAAGCCAUAUCAGCUAUUUAAUGAAGUAGAAUAGGAUUGAUCUCAAAGCCAAAGAAAC